AUGCGCAGUCGACCCUUCAAAACAACACCCAUAAUCGACUUCUCCGAACCCUGGGCCUUCGCCUUCCUUCCCGACACCCGGAUCCUCGUCACAGAGCGAAAAGGCAACCUCCUCCUCGUCGACCCAGCCACAAAGUCCAAGAGCAGCAUCACCGGCGUCCCCGCCGUCGCGUAUGCCGGUCAAGGCGGUCUGCACGAUGUAGCCUUACAUCCACAGUACGCAAACAACAGCAUCGUCUACAUCAGCUACGCCGAAAACGGUUCCGGCGGCGCAGGCUGCGCGGUCGCGCGCACCAAGCUGAGUCUGAGUGGUAGCAGCGGCGCACUCUCUGGUCUCGAAGUCAUCUGGCGGCAUUCCCAGCGCGCCACAGGCGGCCUUCAAUUUGCGUGUCGUUUGAAAUUCGGUCCGCAGGACGGCGCGUUAUACAUCUCCUCGGGCGAGAUAAACCAAAUGCACCCCGCCCAAUCCAUGACGUCCAACUUAGGCAAGAUAAUCCGUCUCUACGACAACGGGACUGCCUACGCCGGGAACCCAUUCGCAUCGCAAGGCGCCAUCCAAGCCCAGAUCUACACGCUCGGCCACCGAAACCCGCUAGGUAUAGAUUUCGAUGCUCAGGGCCGGCUGUGGGAGGUUGAGAUGGGGCCGUUUGGCGGUGACGAACUGAAUUUGAUAGUGCCGGGUAAAAACUACGGAUGGCCGGUUGUAUGUGAAGGACGGCACUACAACGGCACGUUGAUACCGAAACAUAGUACGAGGCCGGAGAUGGCGGCGCCGAGGGCGAAUUGGGUUCCUGUUAUUUCGCCUGCGGGGCUGAUCAUUUAUAAAGGGGAUUUGUUUAAGAGGUGGAAGGGGAAUGCUAUCAUUACCGGCCUUAGCGCACAAGGGCUUGUGAGGGUUAGUAUUACUGGCGAUACGGCGGCGGAGGCACAGCGCAUCAGCAUGGGUAAACGCAUGAGAGGUAUUCGGGAAGACAAGGAGGGCGCGAUAUGGGUGAUUGAGGAUGGGGCGGGGGGUAGGUUGUUGAAGCUUACGCCGAAUUGA